CGACUAACGAAUGUACUGUUGUAAUAUACCAGUACGCUAAUCUUCGUUAAUUUAGCAAAGGAAGUGGAUACAAGAAUGGGAUUUUAACGGUUUCUAAUGCGACAGUAGUCACAAACAACGUUGACAACGAUUUGUACAGAAGGUGGAGUUUGGGAAUAUGGGAGAGGUUACAACAAAGAAACCGCUACAGCUGUUCACUCUGAAAGAUGUUAAGGAACAUGGGGACGAAUCCUCCUGCUGGAUUGUCAUCUGGGAUCGUGUGUAUGACGUCACCAAGUUUUUGAAAGGGCAUCCCGGUGGUGAGGAUAUUAUUCUGGAACACGCCGGUCACGACUCCACGCAGAAUUUCGACGAUAAGGGACACUCGACAAUAGCACACGACAUGCUGGAGGAAUACCUGAUCGGGGAACUGGUGCAGGUACGCGAUAUCAGUCUACCAGUCUUUUCUUAAAGCUACAUACUGGGAAACAUAAAACAUUGUACAGUAGUUCUCGCUGAAACCAACAGUUUGUUGCUUCGAAUAUUUUUGUACAUCCGGUGUAGUCCAAGGGCGAAUCCAGGAAUUAUUUUAGUGGGGACAAAGGCCAAAGGCAAAAGAGAACAUGGACCAAUUUCUAAAAAAGGCAUUUCAAUAAAGGUUUGACACUCGUAAAAUGGAGUUGAGUAUGCGUCGUUCAAUAAAACAUUCCUUUUUUCGAAAAAUGGAAACUUAAAAAAAAAAAAAAAAAAAAAAAAAACUGCUUGAAUAAUUUUUUGGGGGGUGGGGUGGGGUGGGGUACAGGUCCCCCUGUUCCCAUCACUUAAAUCCGCCUAUGUAGUCAGGAUUCGCUCAAUGUCUAUAAAUGCCCAUGACACUAUCCUGCCAUAGGGGCAGAUUUUGGAGAGGAUCCAAGGGGCCCAAGCACGCCUGUCGUGGACACAACCUCUGACUUCGGCAGAGUUCUGUACAAGAUAGGAAUUGGUUAAGUAAUUUUUAAAAAAAUCUAUGUAUAAGGCCUGCGAUAUUGUCAAUGUUACCGAAGGAUAAUAUUACAUUUAUGUUACGAACUCUCUCUUACAAAGUCGUAAAUGCGCGCCCCCUGACAUGUCUGAGUUUUGGAUGUUAGUGUUAUACUUGGUAAUUCAA